CGCGCGGCCACAGGCAGGCGAGCGCAGAGCAGCCCCGGUCGCGGCUUCGGAAGCAGCGAGUUCGAACCCCGCUCCCGCUCCCGCUCCGUUUCGGUUUUUCGCUUCCCCGGCCCUUGGGCCUCCCUACGCCCGUCCCCGGCAGCUCGCUGUGCAUAUUGCUCUCUCCGCCGCCAGGAUGCCGGUGACCGAGAAGGACCUGGCGGAGGACGCGCCGUGGAAGAAGAUCCAGCAGAACACGUUCACGCGUUGGUGCAACGAGCACCUCAAGUGCGUGAACAAACGCAUAGGGAACCUGCAGACCGACCUGAGCGACGGGCUGCGGCUCAUCGCGCUUCUGGAGGUGCUCAGUCAAAAGCACAUGUACCGCAAGUACCACCAGCGGCCCACCUUCCGCCAGAUGCAGCUCGAGAACGUGUCCGUGGCGCUCGAGUUCCUGGACCGUGAGAACAUCAAGCUCGUGUCCAUCGACAGCAAAGCCAUCGUGGAUGGGAACCUGAAGCUCAUCUUGGGCCUGGUGUGGACGCUGAUCCUCCACUACUCCAUCUCCAUGCCUGUGUGGGAGGAUGAAGGGGAUGACGAUGCCAAGAAGCAGACGCCAAAGCAGAGGCUGCUGGGGUGGAUUCAGAACAAGAUCCCCUACUUGCCCAUCACCAACUUCAACCAGAACUGGCAAGAUGGCAAAGCCCUGGGAGCCCUGGUAGACAGCUGUGCUCCAGGUCUGUGCCCAGACUGGGAAUCCUGGGAUCCACGAAAGCCUGUGGAUAAUGCACGAGAAGCCAUGCAGCAGGCAGACGACUGGCUGGGUGUCCCACAGGUCAUCACUCCUGAAGAAAUUAUUCACCCGGAUGUGGAUGAGCACUCGGUGAUGACUUACCUGUCCCAGUUCCCCAAAGCCAAGCUCAAGCCAGGGGCUCCUCUUAAACCGAAACUCAACCCCAAGAAAGCCAGGGCCUAUGGCAGAGGAAUCGAGCUCACUGGAAACAUGGUGAAGCAGCCGGCCAAGUUCACUGUGGACACCAUCAGUGCCGGGCAAGGAGACGUGAUGGUGUUUGUCGAGGACCCAGAAGGGAACAAAGAGGAGGCACAAGUGACCCCUGACAGCGAUAAGAACAAGACAUACUCUGUGGAGUAUCUGCCCAAGGUCACCGGACUGCACAAAGUCACAGUCCUCUUUGCAGGACAGCACAUCUCCAAGAGCCCAUUCGAAGUAAAUGUCGACAAGGCCCAGGGAGACGCCAGUAAAGUCACUGCGAAAGGUCCAGGCUUGGAAGCUGCUGGGAACAUCGCCAAUAAGCCCACCUACUUUGACAUCUACACAGCAGGUGCUGGUGUGGGUGACAUUGGUGUGGUGGUGGAAGAUCCCCAGGGGAAGAACACCGUGGAGUUGCUCGUGGAAGACAGAGGAAACCAGGUGUAUCGAUGUGUGUACAAACCAGUGCAGCCUGGACCCCAUGUGGUCAAGAUCUCCUUUGCUGGGGACACCAUUCCCAAGAGUCCCUUCGUUGUACAGGUCGGGGAAGCCUGUAAUCCAAAUGCCUGCCGGGCCAGUGGCCGAGGCCUACAGCCAAAAGGCAUUCGCAUCCGAGAAACUGCAGACUUCAAGGUUGACACCAAAGCUGCUGGAAGUGGAGAGCUCGGCGUAACCGUAAAGGGUCCUAAGGGUCUGGAGGAGCUGGUGAAACAGAAAGGCUUUCUGGAUGGAGUGUAUGCAUUUGAGUAUUACCCCAGCACCCCGGGGAAAUAUAGCAUCGCCAUCACAUGGGGGGGACACCACAUUCCAAAGAGCCCCUUUGAAGUUCAAGUUGGCCCUGAAGCAGGCUUGCAGAAAGUCCGUGCAUGGGGCCCUGGCCUCCAUGGCGGGAUUGUUGGGCGGUCGGCGGACUUCGUGGUGGAGUCCGUUGGUUCUGAGGUGGGGUCUCUGGGGUUUGCCAUUGAAGGCCCCUCCCAGGCAAAGAUUGAGUAUGAUGACCAGAACGACGGAUCGUGUGAUGUCAAGUACUGGCCCAAGGAGCCCGGUGAAUAUGCCGUUCACAUCAUGUGUGAUGAUGAGGACAUCAAAGACAGUCCCUACAUGGCCUACAUCCACCCCGCCUCGGGGGACUACAACCCGGAUCUGGUUCAAGCAUACGGGCCAGGUUUGGAGAAAUCUGGGUGCAUUGUCAACAAUCUGGCCGAGUUCACCGUGGAUCCUAAGGAUGCCGGCAAAGCUCCCUUAAAGAUAUUUGCUCAGGACGGGGACGGCCAGCCCAUUGACAUCCAGAUGAAGAGCCGGAUGGAUGGCACCUACGCUUGCUCGUACACCCCGGUUAAGCCCAUCAAGCACACCAUUGCCGUGGUCUGGGGAGGUGUCAACAUCCCGCACAGCCCUUACAGGGUCAACAUCAGGCAGGGUAGCCAUCCCCAGAAGGUCAAAGUGUUUGGGCCAGGAGUGGAGAGAAGUGGACUGAAGGCACACGAGCCUACUCACUUCACAGUGGACUGUACCGAGGCUGGCGAAGGUGAUGUCAGCGUUGGCAUUAAGUGUGAUGCCCGGGUGUUAAGUGACGAUGAGGAAGACGUGGAUUUUGACAUUAUUCACAACGCCAAUGACACGUUUACUGUCAAAUAUGUGCCUCCUGCCGCCGGGCGAUACACCAUCAAAGUUCUCUUUGCCUCUCAGGAAAUUCCCGCCAGCCCUUUCAGAGUCAAAGUCGACCCUUCCCACGACGCCAGCAAAGUGAAGGCAGAAGGCCCGGGGCUCAGCAAAGCAGGUGUGGAAAACGGGAAACCGACCCACUUCACUGUCUACACCAAAGGGGCCGGAAAAGCCCCCCUCAACGUGCAGUUCAGCAGCCCCCUUCCUGGCGACGCCGUGAAGGAUUUGGACAUCAUUGAUAAUUACGACUAUUCCCACACCGUUAAAUACACGCCCACCCAGCAGGGCAGCAUGCAGGUUCUGGUUACAUACGGUGGCGAUCCCAUCCCUAAAAGCCCUUUCACGGUGAGCGUGGCCGCUCCGCUGGAUCUGAGCAGGAUAAAAAUUAAUGGGCUGGAAAACAGAGUUGAAGUUGGGAAGGAUCAGGAGUUCGCCGUUGACACCAGGGGAGCGGGAGGUCAGGGGAAGCUGGACGUGACGAUCCUGAGUCCCUCGAGGAAGGUUGUGCCAUGCCUGGUGGCGCCCGUGACAGGCCGGGAGAGCAGCACGGCCAAGUACAUUCCCCGGGAGGAGGGGCUGUAUGCUGUGGACGUGACCUACGAUGGACACCCCGUGCCCGGGAGCCCUUACACGGUGGAGGCCUCGCUGCCACCCGAUCCCACCAAGGUGAAGGCCCAUGGUCCUGGCCUUGAAGGUGGUCUUGUGGGCAAGCCUGCCGAGUUCACCAUCGACACCAAAGGAGCUGGAACUGGAGGUUUGGGCCUAACCGUGGAAGGUCCUUGUGAGGCCAAAAUUGAAUGCUCGGACAAUGGCGACGGGACCUGCUCCGUCUCCUACCUCCCAACAAAGCCCGGGGAGUACUUCGUCAACAUCCUCUUUGAAGAAGUCCACAUACCUGGUUCUCCCUUCAAAGCCGACAUUGAAAUGCCGUUUGACCCCUCCAAAGUCAUGGCAUCAGGCCCAGGGCUGGAGCAUGGGAAAGUGGGCGAGGCAGGGCUGCUUAGCGUGGACUGUUCAGAAGCAGGGCCGGGGGCCCUGGGCCUGGAAGCCGUCUCAGACUUGGGGGCGAAAGCUGAAGUCUGUAUCGAGAACAACAAAGACGGCACCUAUGCGGUGACCUAUGUGCCCCUGACCGCUGGCAUGUACACGCUGACCAUGAAGUACGGCGGUGAGCUUGUACCGCACUUCCCCGCCAGGGUCAAGGUGGAGCCUGCCGUGGACACCAGCAGGGUCAAAGUCUUUGGGCCAGGAAUAGAAGGAAAAGAUGUGUUUCGGGAAGCCACCACCGACUUCACGGUCGACUCACGGCCCCUGACGCAGGUCGGAGGCGACCACAUCAAGGCCCAUAUUGCCAACCCCUCAGGGGCCUCCACCGAGUGUUUAGUCACAGACAAUGCUGAUGGGACCUACCAGGUGGAAUACACGCCCUUCGAGAAAGGGCUCCAUGUAGUGGAGGUGACAUAUGAUGAUGUGCCCAUCCCAAGCAGUCCCUUUAAAGUGGCUGUAACCGAAGGCUGCCAGCCAUCUCGGGUUCAAGCUCAAGGACCUGGAUUGAAAGAGGCCUUUACCAACAAACCCAAUGUCUUUACUGUGGUUACCAGAGGGGCAGGAAUUGGGGGUCUUGGCAUAACUGUCGAGGGACCAUCGGAGUCAAAGAUAAACUGCAGAGACAACAAAGAUGGCAGUUGCAGUGCUGAGUACAUCCCCUUUGCUCCAGGGGAUUACGACGUGAAUAUCACAUAUGGAGGAGCCCACAUCCCUGGCAGCCCCUUCAGGGUUCCUGUGAAGGAUGUUGUGGACCCCAGCAAGGUCAAGAUCGCUGGCCCUGGGCUGGGCUCGGGUGUCCGAGCUCGUGUCUUGCAGUCCUUCACGGUGGACAGCAGCAAGGCCGGCCUGGCCCCACUGGAAGUGAGGGUCAUGGGCCCACGAGGUCUGGUGGAGCCCGUGAACGUGGUGGACAAUGGGGAUGGCACACACACAGUGACCUACACCCCAUCCCAGGAGGGGCCUUACAUGGUCUCUGUUAAAUAUGCUGAUGAAGAGAUCCCUCGUAGUCCCUUUAAGGUCAAGGUCCUUCCCACAUACGAUGCCAGCAAAGUGACUGCCAGUGGCCCUGGCCUCAGUACCUAUGGUGUGCCUGCCAGCCUGCCUGUGGAGUUUGCGAUCGAUGCCAGAGAUGCCGGAGAAGGCCUGCUUGCUGUUCAGAUAACGGACCAAGAGGGAAAACCCAAAAGAGCCAUUGUCCAUGAUAAUAAAGAUGGCACGUACGCUGUUACCUACAUCCCUGACAAGACUGGACGUUAUAUGAUUGGGGUCACCUACGGUGGGGAUGACAUCCCGUUGUCUCCCUACCGCAUCCGGGCCACACAGACGGGCGAUGCCAGCAAGUGCCUGGCCACAGGUCCUGGAAUCGCCUCCACUGUGAAAACUGGCGAGGAAGUGGGCUUUGUGGUAGACGCCAAGACCGCCGGGAAAGGCAAAGUGACCUGCACGGUUCUGACCCCAGACGGCACUGAGGCUGAGGCUGAUGUCAUCGAGAAUGAGGAUGGCACCUAUGACAUUUUCUACACGGCUGCCAAGCCGGGCACCUAUGUCAUCUACGUGCGCUUUGGCGGCGUUGAUAUUCCGAACAGCCCCUUCACUGUCAUGGCCACAGAUGGGGAAGUCGCAGCUGUGGAGGAGGCACCGGUAAAUGCACGUCCCCCCGGAUUCAGGCCCUGGGUAACUGAAGAGGCCUAUGUCCCAGUGAGUGACAUGAACGGCCUGGGGUUUAAGCCUUUCGACUUGGUCAUUCCGUUUGCAGUCAGGAAAGGAGAAAUCACCGGAGAGGUCCACAUGCCUUCUGGGAAGACAGCCACACCUGAGAUUGUGGACAACAAGGAUGGCACAGUCACUGUCAGAUACGCUCCCACUGAGGUCGGGCUCCACGAGAUGCACAUCAAAUACAUGGGCAGCCACAUCCCUGAGAGCCCGCUCCAGUUCUACGUGAACUACCCCAACAGCGGGAGUGUUUCUGCAUAUGGCCCGGGCCUGGUGUAUGGAGUGGCCAACAAAACCGCCACCUUCACCAUUGUCACCGAGGACGCAGGAGAAGGUGGCCUGGACUUGGCUAUUGAGGGACCCUCAAAGGCGGAAAUCAGCUGCAUUGACAACAAAGAUGGGACAUGCACAGUGACCUACCUGCCCACCCUGCCAGGCGACUACAGCAUUCUGGUCAAGUACAAUGACAAACACAUCCCUGGCAGCCCCUUCACAGCCAAGAUCACAGACGAUAGCAGACGGUGCUCUCAGGUGAAGCUGGGCUCUGCCGCCGACUUCCUGCUCGACAUCAGUGAGACUGACCUCAGCACCCUGACGGCCAGCAUCAAGGCCCCGUCCGGCCGCGACGAGCCCUGUCUCCUAAAGAGGCUGCCCAACAAUCACAUCGGCAUCUCCUUCAUCCCCCGGGAGGUGGGUGAACACCUGGUCAGCAUUAAGAAGAACGGCAACCACGUGGCCAACAGCCCCGUGUCCAUCAUGGUGGUCCAGUCCGAGAUCGGGGAUGCCCGCAGAGCCAAAGUCUACGGCCGUGGCCUGUCAGAAGGCCGGACUUUCGAGAUGUCUGACUUCAUCGUGGACACGAGGGAUGCAGGUUAUGGCGGCAUCUCCUUGGCAGUGGAAGGCCCCAGCAAAGUGGACAUCCAGACAGAGGACCUGGAGGACGGCACUUGCAAGGUCUCCUACUUCCCCACCGUGCCUGGGGUUUACAUCGUCUCCACCAAAUUUGCUGACGAGCACGUGCCUGGGAGCCCCUUUACCGUGAAGAUCAGUGGGGAAGGAAGAGUCAAGGAGAGCAUUACCCGUACCAGUCGAGCCCCAUCUGUGGCCACUGUUGGGAGCAUCUGUGACCUGAACCUGAAGAUCCCAGAAAUCGACAGCAGUGACAUGUCGGCCCAUGUCACCAGCCCCUCAGGCCACGUGACCGAGGCAGAGAUUGUGCCUGUGGGAAAGAACUCGCACUGUGUCCGGUUUGUGCCCCAGGAGAUGGGGGUUCACACCGUCAGCGUCAAGUACCGUGGCCAGCACGUCACCGGCAGCCCCUUCCAGUUCACUGUGGGGCCUCUGGGUGAGGGGGGCGCCCAGAAGGUCCGGGCAGGAGGCCCUGGCCUGGAGCGAGGAGAAGCAGGAGUCCCAGCUGAAUUCAGCAUCUGGACCCGGGAGGCAGGUGCUGGGGGCCUCUCCAUUGCUGUUGAGGGCCCCAGUAAGGCUGAGAUUACGUUUGAUGACCAUAAAAACGGAUCAUGUGGUGUGUCUUAUAUUGCCCAAGAGCCUGGUAACUACGAGGUGUCUAUCAAGUUCAAUGAUGAGCACAUCCCAGAAAGUCCCUACCUGGUGCCGGUGAUUGCGCCCUCCGACGAUGCCCGCCGCCUCACUGUUCUGAGCCUUCAGGAAUCAGGAUUAAAAGUUAACCAGCCAGCCUCCUUUGCUAUAAGGUUGAAUGGGGCAAAAGGCAAGAUUGAUGCAAAGGUGCACAGCCCCUCUGGAGCCGUGGAGGAAUGCCACGUGUCUGAGCUGGAGCCAGAUAAGUAUGCUGUUCGCUUCAUCCCCCACGAGAAUGGUGUCCACACGAUCGACGUCAAGUUCAACGGGAGCCACGUGGUUGGAAGUCCCUUCAAAGUACGAGUCGGGGAACCCGGACAAGCGGGGAACCCUGCCCUGGUGUCCGCCUAUGGCUCAGGGCUCGAGGGGGGCACCACAGGUAUCCAGUCUGAAUUUUUCAUCAACACCACCCGAGCAGGGCCAGGGACAUUGUCCGUCACCAUUGAAGGCCCUUCCAAGGUUAAAAUGGAUUGCCAGGAAACCCCCGAAGGGUACAAAGUCAUGUACACCCCCAUGGCUCCUGGAAGCUACCUAAUUGGCGUCAAAUAUGGCGGGCCCAACCACAUCGUGGGCAGCCCGUUCAAGGCCAAGGUGACAGGCCAGCGUCUGGUCAGCCCUGGCUCAGCCAAUGAGACCUCAUCCAUCCUGGUGGAGUCAGUGACCAGGUCCUCCACGGAGACCUGCUAUAGCGCCAUCCCCAAGGCAUCCUCAGAUGCCAGCAAGGUGACCUCCAAGGGGGCGGGGCUCUCGAAGGCAUUUGUGGGCCAGAAGAGCUCCUUCCUGGUGGACUGCAGCAAAGCCGGUUCCAACAUGCUGCUGAUUGGGGUCCACGGGCCCACCACCCCCUGUGAAGAAGUCUCCAUGAAGCAUGUGGGCAGCCAGCAAUACAGCGUGACAUACAUCGUCAAGGAGAAGGGGGAUUACAUUCUGGCCGUGAAGUGGGGAGAGGAGCACAUCCCCGGCAGCCCCUUCCAUGUCACGGUGCCUUAAAACAGUUCUCAUCAAGUCCUGGGAGGCGUUCUGGUGGUUGCUUUUGUUGCUUGUGUGUAACUCGUUUUAUACAAAGUCCUCCAGCCCGUUUGUGGGUCUGAAACCCCAUCCCAAAAACAUUGCCAUGUUUUUUUUAAGUACAUUCAGAGAGAAGUCCUAAACUUGACUCUUUAGGGACAUGUUGGGGACUCAGGAGAUGCAAAUUUGUUCAAUAGGCUCAGCAAAUUGGACCUCUUUUGGCACAGAUCACCCCCUGCAGACAGAACAAGCACAGACAAGGCUGAUACUUUUAAGAAAUGAAAUUGGCUAGUCAGUUUGCAAAACAAGACUGGGAGGAAGGGCAGGGAAGAUGGGGAUGCCUAGUUUACGUUGUCGUUUAGAAAAGACGAUGACCUUGUCACGUAGGAAAAGGCCAUUGGGUGACACCAGUUUUAACACGACUGCCAUCCUGCCCCCAUCUCUCAAAGGGCAGAGUGUCCGUGGUGACAGACUGGCCAAAAUGGUUUCUUGGUGCCUCUCCCCGCAUCCUGCUACUUAUUUCCCUGCAGAGUCAUUGCGUGUGACCAUCUUGACAGCCAUGUCUUUGCUUUUGUUUCCAAAGUCCGUUUCAGUCACUGGGUCUGAGGAAAUUCUGCAGUGGCAAGCAGCCCCACCACUUGCCAAAGAUCCCCCUUUUUUUUUAACCAACACUAGCCCUUGUUCUUAACACAUGCUCCAGCCAUUUGUCCGUUUGAUGAGUCUUGCCAGCAUGUCCGGAGACACCGCAGGUGGGUCCAAGUGUUAGCAGAGGCCUGUCACGUGACAUAACACUCCAUACUCACCCCCAGGCAGCCCCAGCGUGAACUUUUUCUGGAAGAUAAUUAUAGAAGGAAACUCCUGCCAACCUUUGGCCUGAAAGUCAGGGAAUGACAGGGGAGGAAAGGACAGCAGCUCAUUGGUGGUCCUUUACCAUUUGCAGAAAUAAUGAAAGCGUAUUUGGCCCUGACCACAUGUCACCCGAGGCUCUUUGGAAAGCAAUAAUAAGCAAGUGCAAAAUUCCGAAAAUGGGGGUAUAAGGCGUUUUGCGUGCCUUCUUGCAGACCUGCUUUGGAAUAAAGUGAAAGCACUCGGGGACUGCCUGACUGCAGGGCCCAGAUGUGUAGUGUGGUCUGGGCCGGCAGCCCUUUCAGAUUUGCUGUUUCGUCCUGAGGAGGUGGCCACUGUCAUCUCGAGUGUGUCCAUGGAUGGGACAGGGUGAGGUGGGUGACCCUCCCCGAGGAGUAGCAGCUGAGGGUGAGUGUUGGCAAAGCCCACCUGUUAGGAACUGGAGUGGCCCGAAGCCUGACGUGAAAGGACCACAGGCUUCGUAAACCGGGAUGUGGAAGCAAAACUGGAACCAAAUGCCAACUGUAAAUUGUAUCUUAUAACUUAUUAAAUACAGCGUUUGCUCCAUAA